UGCUGAUCGCCGGCAUGCUCGUCCUCGCUUUUCUCGCGACGCCCUCAGCCGCCACUCGCCCGCCUACGUGGGACGGGGAGGCACUCAUCGUCACGCACAACCGCACCGACUUCUGCGUCAAGCGCCCGACCGACGCGCCGGCGCUCGCCCUCGCGGCGUCCGCCUCGUGCGAACCCAACAAGGCCGCGGAGCUCGUCGACGACCUCACCUGGGAGGGCGCGGCGCUGUUCGGUGCCUGGCCGGACGCCACCUUCCAUCAAAACUUCUCCUUUCCCACCAAGUUCUCCAAGCCCACCGGCGCCGCCUCAUGCACCGCCGGCCCGACGACCCUCAAGCACAUCGGCGCCGCGGCCGACGCCGAGUUCACCUCCUUUGACGAGCCUUCCCGCGCAACCAAGAUCAGCGGCCCCUCACCCGAGGAGAGCUUCACAAUCGCGGCCCAUUCAGAGAUCGAGGAGCUGCUCGUUCUUCACCCUUGUGCGGCCGUACUGGCGCUGCUCGCGGCGUGCAGUGGGCUGCUGCUGCGUGGGCAGCAGGUGAGGAAGAAGAGGGUGGAUGGAUGCAGCCACGCAGCGAUCUCCGUACCCUUGCUCUCCAGCGCGCGUGCUCUCCGAGUUGGCAUUGUGCUCAUCUUCCUGCAGGACGUAUGCGGCACACCAGCGGCACCGCUCCAGACCGUCAACGUCAGCAGCCCGUGCUCGCUCACCGACGGCGGCUCGUGCGCCGCUUCGCCAAACUACCCGAACAGCUACGGCAGCAACGAGAAGUGCACCAUUAGCGGCGUGCCGCCGGUCGAGCUGGAGAUGGUCGCCUUUGAUGUGGAGGGCAACAAUUGCCGCUACGACUAUCUUACCGUCAACGGCGUAAAGUACUGCGGCAAGUCGGGGCCGGAUGGCGCGGUGGCGGAGGGCGGCGUCAUCGAGUGGGAAUCGGAUGGCAUCCACGUCCGUUCGGGCUGGAAGGCGCGCCCCUGGUCCCUCUCGCUCCCCUUCUUUCUCCUCUCUGAUGCCUAUCCUCCCUCUGCCGUCAGAUCUGCUGGGCGACCCGCCGCCUUCACCGCCGCCACCGCCACCACCGUCAUCACCGCCAUCACCGCCAUCACCGCCUCUCGCUCCGCCGCUGUCACCGCUGCCGCCGCUGUCACCGCCUGCUCCGCCGGCGACGUCGAGAUCAUCGAGUCGACCGUGCGGGACUGCUCGGCUGACGAGGCCGGGGGCGGCGUCGUCUACGCGUAUAACAGCGGUGCGGUCUCGAUAAUCGGCUCGACGAACGGCGUCGUCGUCUACGCGUAUCGGAACAGCGGUGCGGUCUCGAUAACCAGCUCGAACGUGUCGGGCUGCUCUGCUGGCAAUUACGGCGGCGUCGUCUACGCGUGGAACAGCGGUGCGGUCUCGAUAAGCAGCUCGAACAUGUCGGGCUGCUCGGCUACUGGCCUAAGCCAGGAAGGGAACGGCGGCGUCGUCUGGGCGCAUGGCAGCGGGGCGGUCUCGAUACUGGACUCCACCGUGAGCGGCUGCUCGGCUGGCCAGUGGGGCGGCGUCGUCUACGCGGAUAAGAGCGAGUCCCUCUCCAUCGCGGGUGUCGACUUCAUCAACAACGGAGCGGCUAGGUCAGGCUCGGUGCUGUACCUGUCAGUCCUCACUCAACGCUCUUCCAUCAGCGACGCCUCCUUCACCGGCAACGACGGUGUCACGAUCCAGACCGACUCGCCGAUAGACUGGGACUGCCGCUUGGGCAGCUGGAUGCCGACCGAGGGCGCCUUGAAGGGCGACGUCAACGCUCCCGAGUGCUACCUUUGCCCCGCUGGCUACUUUGGGAACACGAGCGGCCUCACCACUUCCUCUUGCAGCGGCCAGCGGGCCACCCGCAUCGAGUCCGCGGUCGGCCUGCAGCCCAAGUUCAAGGUCUUCGUCAGCUUCUACCAGGUGAGCAGCGCCCUCGGCCUCGUCUACGGCGUCCGCCUCCACGGGCGCUUUACGCGCUGGCUCGACGUGCUCAAGCUGUUCAGCCUGGACCUGUUUGACGUUGCCAUCCCCGGCCCCUGCAUCGGAGCCAUGAGCACGCGGCUGCUCGUCGCGGGCACCUGGCCGUACCUCGCCGUCGCCUUCGUGUCGCUCGCCAUUGUGGCGGUGGCGGCGGUCCUCAAUGUCAAGCAGAAGCAGGCUUUCGACCGCCAGCUGCUCGGCCGCCUCCUUUACUGGGCGAUCUUCAUCUUCUACCUCGCGCUGCCCUCCGUCUCGCGCUCCAUCUUCAGUGCGAGGCUGUGCGAGUCCUUUCGCUACGACGACGCGACAGGCCAGCGCAUCAGCUACCUGCUUGCCGACCUGGCGCUCACGUGCGAUGCCGGCCCGACGUGGGAAGACGAGACUGUGAGGGGACUCGCGCCGUACUUUUGGGCCUACUUCGCUCUCUGGCCCGUCCUCGUGCCGCUCGGCUUCCUGGCGCUGCUGCUCCGCGUCCGCAAGCCCGUGGCUGCGCAGCGCGCAACGCCGCUCUCUCGUGCGACGAGCUUCCUCUGGCGGGACUACUCUGCCCGCUUCCUCUUCUGGGAGGUGUUCGACCUGUUCCGCAAGAUCUUCCUCACCUCGAUGGUGCUCUUCAUCGACCACGAGUACGGCGCGAGGAAGUUGCUGCGCACCGUGGUCGCCGCCAUCGUCUCGGCCAUGUUUCUCACCAUUCUCGCGCUCGCCCGCCCCUACCGGCGCUUCGACGACCUCUGCCUCGCGUGCAUCGCCAACUUGCUGCUUACCUGCUGCUUCGCGUCGGGAGUGGUCAUCCAGCUCUGCGACAGCACCGUGCACGAAGACAUGUGCUACGAACUCGUUGGCUACAAGACCUCGCGCGGCGCCACCACCUUUGCCGUCGCCCUCACCGCAGUCAUGCUCGCCGUCUCGCUAGCCGUCAUCCUCAUAUCGGCGGUCAGCGCCGCGAGGGUGAAGACCAUGCGGCUCGUCUCGUCGAAGCGCGAGCCGAUGCGCGACGGCAUCACCCUCGCCGACGGCCAGGAGUGGCACCUCUUCCUCAGCCACGUCUGGAGCACGGGGCAGGACGCCGUCGCCGUCAUCAAGAACGAGCUCCAGCAGCUCCUGCCCGGCUGCGAGAUCUUCCUCGACAUCGACGACCUCAAAAACAUCGGAGAGCUGGAGGCGUACAUUCGUCGCUCGCAGGUGGUGCUCUGCUUCCUGUCGCGGGGCUACCUGCGCUCGACGAACUGCCUGCGAGAGGUCCGCGCCGCGCUGGAGAUGGGCAAGCCGCUCGUGCUCGUCCACGAGGCAGACCCGGACAAGGGCGGAGGCACGCUCGCCGAGCUGCGGUCCGAGUGCCCCGAGGAGCUGCAGGCCGCCAUCUUUGAGGCCGGCUGGCCGAUGGCGGUGUGGCAUCGGAUCGAGGCCUUCCAGCACGUCUCGCUCAAGGUCAUCGCCGAGGCGCUACUGCUGAAGACGCCAAAGUACGCGGGCGAGGACGAGCUGCCCCUGUGCAUCCCGGGCGAGAUCCGAGCCGACGGCCUCGCCUUCCCCAAGCCGGUGAUUCUCUGGGCCUCGACGUUGAACGCCGGGGCGCGAGAGCUCGCCAAUUCGGUCGCGGCGGCCGUGGCUGGCGGCAUCUCGAUCACCGACGCAGCGCCCUCGCGCCUAUCCGCGCUGCCUCGCUCCUCGCGCUCCUCGCGCCUCUCCUCGCUCCUCCCUUCGCUAUCUCGACGCGCGAGAAGAGAAGGCGGCGGCGAGGCGACGCACAUGCUGCUCUACCUGAACAGGUUGACGUGGGCCGGCGAUGGCGCCGAGGCGCUCGCAGAGCAGGUGCGCGCCGCGCGCCGCGCCAAGCUGCCGAUCGUAAUGGCGCACGAGAAUGACGCCGUCCGCAACGGCUGCAUCUUUGGGCACUUUUUCGAGGUAACGCCGCGCGACCUUAUUGCCAAUGGGCUGUACCACGACCUCGCCAUCGGCUGCCACGCGGGCCCGCACCGACAGGUGUCGCUCGCCCUGCUCGCAAAGGCGCUCGGCGCGACCAAGCAGACAGCCCAGUCGCGCGUGCAUCGCGUCACCGCCCUCGCUCUAACGAUCCGCGGCUCCUUGACAAAGACGAAGCCGUCGAAUGGCGACGACCUUGUGGAAGCGUCAGCGACGCAGGCCCGCCAGAUCGUCUGAGCGGAUACAUACCCCACUGUAAGUGCGCCAGCCCCGACUCCCGUGCUUGUGCCGCGAGUUUUUUGCAUUCUAAAUUCUUUUUUGUCAAUC